AUAAAUGACAAAGAUACACUGUUUGUGAAUGUGUCUAAUUCGUCUGCUUUAUAAUGCUGUCUAGCUGUUCACAGAUACUGCCUUAAAAGAGGGUGAUCAUGUGACUGGCAAGAAAGGAAACUGGUGUCUUGACUUAUCAGACGUCAUCCUGUGGGGGAGAAAAAAAGGCAGAUGUCUGGGUGGAAAGCGGUUUUGGAGAGAAGGGGGUAAAAGAGAGAUGAAGGGAGGGAUUUGUUAGUCACAUGUUUUUGCUUAAUAUUUCUUUAUCAUGAGAGGUGUCGAGGAUUUUCAGUUUGUCUGGAUGAAGGGGAGGACCUGCUGCUUCAUCUACUCAAACCCACGGCUUAGAUCAGUUGGCAUAAGAGAAAGUGAAAUUGCUAAACGAGAAUAAAUGACACAGUAGAAGAGGCAAAACUGCUCAGCAGCUCAGUUUGAUGUUCAGGGCUGAUGUUUUAAAGUCGCUGUGGAAGCCAGUUUAGGAGAGCCUGAAGACAAAUGGAGAUGAGGGUCAUGAUGUGGAUUUAUGCUCUGUUUAUCCUCUUGACUGCUGAAGCAUGGGGCACGGACACAGCUUCACCUUUAUCAGGAACUAAUCAAAGCACCCCUGUGAACUCCACCACUUCUCCUCCUCCUCCAAAAGUCUAUGUUGUCAGAAAUGCAACUUUCAACCUGGGGAGUGAUGCUAACCUGACAUGCAGCGAUAAGACAUGGAAUGAGACGAUGUAUGUUAUCUGGAAAAUCAGCUUGAAAAACAGUAAAGAGUGCAGGAUGUCCUUCAGCAAUGAUGGCCAAAGUGAAGACCUCUGCAAUGAUAGCAAGUCACUCCGAAAUUCAUCGAAAGCUCGGCCGUACCUGCACAUCCCAAACUUCUCCAAUAACGAUGUGGGGAUCUACAGGUGUGAGUCGGUUUUCAAAGGAGGAACUGAAAAUUAUGAGAUCAACGUGGCUAUCACAGUUCGUCCCACUAUAUCAGCCUGGUUAGAGCGUGAGAACAACAAGAUGGUGGCAGUGUGCACGGCUGAAAGAGGAAAACCUGCCGCCAACAUCAGCUGGAGUCAUACGGGAAACUCACCGCCUGUGGAAACACUGUCUGAAUCACAUGGAUUUUUUACAGCAGAAAGUCGUCUGGAGCUCACUGAAGGAGUGGAUGUAAAAAACCUGAGCUGUGCUGUCAGCCACCCGUACUGGACAGAGGAACAAAUAUUGGUACCAGAACCCCCAAAAGGUCUCCCCACUCUUUGGUUGUACAUCUUUACUGGUGUGGCAGUCGUUGUGCUUUUGACAGUAAUUUUACUUUUCGCACUAAACAAAAUAAAGUGGAGGCGAUGCCAGCAGUCCAACACCCCACCGUCCAAAUCUGCACCGACAGAGAACGUGGAGGAAGUGGAGCCUUAUGCCAGCUAUGUUCAACGUGUAAACUCUAUCUACAACUCGUCUGCAGAUUUGUUCACAUAAAAGCCUGCACAUGCAACACAUUCAGACUCUAUGCGCGUAGCUUUUUGUGAGAAAUCUGAAGGCUGUGAAACUGAAAAAUAGUGAACAGAAAAGAGAUCGAGAUGAAAGGUUUCCGAUAAGAGAGGGAAACCUCUCUGUGUAUUCAGCUUAAAAUGUUGACUGAUGGAACAGGGGAUGUACCUCAUGCUCUCUGUGUGUGGGGUCUCAUGGAGAACAUAAUAAUAAUGACAACAAUAAACUUCAGAAUGGAAAAUGUUCUUCAGCUGGAAGCAGCACGCCAAGACUACAAAACUAAAGACUUGAAGAAAAAUGGGCUGCAAUCAUAUAAUAAUGGGGAUGAUUAUUAUUAUUCUUACAUAUAUAUUUAUAGAUUAACUGUGAGGAGAUGUUCACUUUUAAUGGAUUCUUGCUCUAGUGCACAGUAGAGAACACGGGUGAAAUACAACAAAGAAAUGACCUGAACAAUAUUCUUAUGUGAUAUAUGAUACUAUAAUUAAGUAAUUGUGUGUAUUAAAAGUACAU